UCAAGCCAAGUUGAAUGAACUGGUUAUCAAAAGUGAAAAAGUGAGAAAAGGACAAGAAAUCAAAAUCAGGGAGAGUGAUGACUUCAAACAUCCCACAUGCCCAAACAAAAGUCACAGUACUCUACUAAAGCCCAUGCCCCAUGGCCAUUCGCCAGUAUGUGUAAAACCCAAACAUAAGCAUUGCUGCUCGACCCACACGCGUAACUUUAUAGGCGGUUGGUGUUGGCACCAAUUCGUGUAACAAUUACAACCAAUUACACGACAAAUAAAAUGCCAUUGCCACUUCACUUCAAAGUUCAAAGUUCAAAACCCCCCAUUAUUUCAUUUCAUGCAUGUAGAUUGGAGAUUUGAAGGCGGGAGACUACUGGAGUUUGUUUGGAGUUUUCAAAGACGGUGGUCGUGGUCCUAUCCCAUUCCCAGCACAGUUGAGUUGCUUCUCUUCCUUCAUUGUAUCAGCAGUAGCACCUCCCGACGUGUCAUCCUCUCCCACACUCCCUAACACGUACCCACCACAGAGGUCCGCGUGCCACCGUCUCCUUCCUUCCUCAUCCUUUCAGGUUGCCCUCACCUCCAUGGCUUAAAGGGCCAACAACCUCCACCUCCCCUCGUCCCAUAACAACCCUCCUCCUUCUCUCCCACUCUGCUGUAUUUCUCGCUUUCAAUUUUUCCACCCCCCUCUGACCUCAUGACCCACAACUUGGUGGGCCUACUCAGGCAUCAUCAGGAAGGCAGUAUGAAGGAAACCAUGUUGAUGAACUCCCUCAACAUUUACUCCUCUUCUUCCAAAACUGAUGAAAUCAUGUCAAGGUACAGACCCAUUGCUCCCAAGCCUCACAUUCCCAUACAUCCCUUACUGGAUGGCCCGACAACCCUCAAAAACCUCUCUCCCCGCCUACCAACCAGGCCUAGCAGAGCCAGGAAGAGGAACCGAACCGGAAUCUCACCAGCAACCCUCAAGAGAGCAGGGAUGCAUCUUCGAGGCUUCUCUUCUCCUUGCCAUACCCUAUCUCUAGCCAAAAACGCCCUACUUGGUUUAUCCUUGCAGAGCCUUGCCCAUGGGUUUCUCAGCUUUCCGACUUCGACUCCAAGCAUUGGCAUCGGUGCCAGUUUGGAGGAGGCAACCGCAAAGGCUUCUCAUCUAGCCACCCUUACUUUUCUCUCACGUCCCUGUUCAGUACCUGUUGCAGCCAAAUCAACACCCGAAAUGGAUGGCAUCAACCUUUGCUCUUCUCAGACUGAAGAAAAGAUUCUGGACUUGAACACCAGCAUCGACAUUCCAGAGGAAAGGAAUCUGCUGCACGAACCACCACCCGAAGAUCCUUUGCAGAAGCUGCAGGAACCACCCAACUGCCCGAGCGUUAUAACACCGCAGCCCGUUAGGCCCAUCGGGUCGAGCAUCAGCGUGGGUUUCAUCAGCGAGUAUCCCAGCCCAAGUUGUGCCAUGCGCACCACCAAAAGACCCGAGGAGGUGGAGGAAGAGGUGGAAUCCGAAGCUUUACCAGCUAUAGUGUCGGACUCAAACAACAGGGUCAGACUAGCAAACUCUGCGUACAAGGAGAUGGUUGGGCAACCGGAGUGCCCGUGGCUUGAUGCAACAUACGAUGGAGCCUCCAGGGGCAGACCAUGCAAGAGGAUCGGCGGGGAGGUGAUGUUGGAUAUUCCAGGUUCAAAUGUCCCGAUUUAUUCGAAUGGGUUUUCUUGCAGAGUAAGGAUAGAGUGGGGAACUAAUGGAAAGAAGAGCUCCAUAACUGCCCCCUGCGAUGUAAUCAGAUUAUCUUGUAACUCCAAGAACUACCUAUUCACAUGGAGGUUCCAUACCAGUGAGACUUCAGAAGGUAGUUCGAACGCUUAAGAGAGGCUUUCCUUGUAUAUAACAUGUAUGGAGAAAUAUAUAGUAUAUAUAAUACAAAUGUAUCUUAUUGUAAAAGAAUGAAAAUUAUGCUUCAUAAGCUUGUUUUACACUUAUUAAAAAGUCGACUUGAGAGGGUUUCUCAGGAGUUGCAUUCGCUACUUCAUUGAGCAAUACAUUAACAGAUAA